AUUCAAAUUAAAAUAAUUCCGACAUAUUAGACAAUAUAUAGAUAAAACCAAACGACAAACGAUAUAACUAUCCGUUUAAAUGCUCUUAAACAUAACAAAUACACACUGCGUAAAUGUAACAAAGGAUUCCGGUAAUUUCCGCCUUUCUCUCAACGGGUGUAUUUGUUACCUACGCUUACACGGCCCGCCAGGUCACAACUGCAAAAUAUUAUAGCUUCUGGAAAGCACCGCCCGCCUGGUAGAUGAAUAAAACUCAUAAUUUCCGGUUGUUACAAAGUUGCAUGUUGUCUGCUGUGGAUUUUUGUUGUCAUAAUGCAAAUACAAGCACCUUAGUGAUCUAAUGGACAGCAGAUGCGCAUAGCUCAACCAAACCGAAAUAAUUACCAGGCUUCAUUAAAUCUUAAACAGGAAGCUGAUGGAGUGUUUUUUCUCCUAACGAAUGCUUUCUUGGUAAAAGCCUGCAGCUAUGAAGAUCACAGACGGUGUAUUACGAAGUUUCAGAGUGGCCAGGACUCAUCGGAAAAACGAAGAGAAGGUCAACUGCGUGGACUACAGCCCAAAUGGUGAAAAUGUGAUAACAAGCAGCGACGAUGACCGCAUACUGCUGUAUGACAUGCGAGAUGGAAAGUGCAAAAGCAACGUCUUCAGCAAAAAGUAUGGAGUAGACCUCAUCCGCUACACGCAUGGAGACACAAAUACAGUGAUCUACAGCUCCAACAAACUGGAUGAUACCAUCAGAUACCUUUCGCUCACUGACAACAAGUACAUCCGAUAUUUCCCAGGUCACACUAAGAGGGUUACUGCUCUCUCCAUGUCUCCGGUGGAUAACACAUUUAUCUCUGGGUCACUGGACAAGACUAUCCGGAUCUGGGACCUCCACUGUCAAAACUCUCAAGGUUUGAUAAAUCCACUGGGGACACCUCUGUGUUCGUUUGACCCCGAUGGGCUGAUAUUAGCUGCAGGAGUGGAUUCAAAGACAGUUAAACUCUACGACUUUCGUGCUUUUGACAAGGGCCCGUUUGCCUGUUUUGAAACAAGGUUUAAUCGCGUUUGUGACUGGACUGGACUCAAAUUCAGUAGUGAUGGGAAGCAGAUCCUCAUAUCUACAAAUAAAGGGAUUAUUGGAGUCUUGAAUGCUUUCAAUGGAUCUGUGCUGCACACUUUUUCCGGCUACAACAACAGUAAAGGCAUCUCACUGGAGGCCUGCUUUACACCUGACUCGCAGUUUGUCAUGAUUGGCUCAGAAGACGGGAGAGUUCACGUUUGGAGCACAGAGAGUGGAAUGAAAGUGGCCGUGCUGGAUGGGAAGCAUCCAGGACCCAUCAGUGCGCUCCAGUUCAACCCCAGAUUCAUGACGUUUGUUAGUGCCUGCUCUAACACGACUUUUUGGCUCCCGUGUGUUGAUGACUUGUAAAGGCACCAAAGGUCACCAUCAUGGAGUGAAGUUGGACCCUCCUUUACAAACAUCGUGACCAAGGAAUAUUUUGGAAAAAUGUUAUGUUGUUUCUGCCUUUUUAAAAAAAAGAUGUUUCAUUAGCUUUUAUUAGCCUGUGUUUUUUUAAAUAAUAA